AGAGCCCAGGAAGCUAGCAGGGUGCCCUUCGAUGAUGUUUGCUCAUGCGCGGAGGUCCCGAGACGCCGAUUGGAGGGCGCAAGUCCCGGGUCGUGUGCAGUGGCUGGUGGGGACGUGGGCGUCGGGGGCGCGCGCCGCACUACGAAGCCUCUCGUUGGCCGGCGCGAGUCACGUGGGCCGGGCCGGGGGAGGCGCGCGCCUGUGCGACGUCAACGCAGGCAGCUUAGCUCCCCUGGCCUGUGUACCCCUGGGCCGCGGCUGAGACCUCCCAGUGACCGGGUCGGGUGGUUAGCUGAGAACCUUUGCAGCCGUCAUGGACAACUCCGGGAAGGAAGCGGAGGCGAUGGCGCUGCUGGCCGAAGCGGAGCGCAAAGUGAAGAACUCCCAGUCCUUCUUCUCCGGCCUCUUUGGAGGCUCAUCCAAAGUAGAGGAAGCGUGCGAGAUCUACGCCAGAGCAGCAAACAUGUUCAAGAUGGCCAAAAACUGGAGUGCUGCCGGGAACGCUUUCUGCCAGGCCGCCCAACUGCACCUCCAGCUCCAGAGUAAGCACGAUGCAGCCACCUGCUUUGUGGAUGCCGGCAACGCCUUCAAGAAAGCCGACCCGCAAGAGGCCAUUAACUGUUUGAUGAGAGCCAUCGAGAUCUAUACAGACAUGGGCCGAUUCACCAUCGCAGCCAAGCACCACAUCUCCAUCGCGGAGAUCUAUGAGACGGAGCUGGUGGACAUCGAGAAGGCCAUCGCCCAUUAUGAGCAGUCUGCAGACUACUACAAAGGCGAGGAGUCCAACAGCUCAGCCAACAAGUGUCUGCUGAAGGUGGCUGGCUAUGCUGCCCAGUUGGAACAGUACCAGAAGGCCAUCGACAUCUACGAGCAGGUGGGGACCAGUGCCAUGGACAGCCCUCUCCUCAAGUACAGCGCCAAGGACUACUUCUUCAAAGCAGCACUUUGCCACUUCUGCAUUGAUAUGCUCAAUGCCAAGCUCGCAGUCCAGAAGUACGAGGAGCUGUUCCCAGCCUUCUCGGAUUCCCGGGAAUGCAAGCUGGUGAAAAAGUUGCUAGAUGCCCAUGAAGAACAAAAUGUGGACAGCUACACAGAGUCGGUGAAGGAGUACGACUCCGUCUCAAGGCUGGACCAGUGGCUCACCACCAUGCUGCUCCGCAUCAAGAAGACGGUCCAGGGUGAUGAGGAAGACCUGCGCUAGGUGCCACCCGCUGCCCUCCUGUCCCAUCUGUCCAGAGAGAUGGGCCCGACCCAUGCCCAAGACCUUCCUUCCCUGCCCACUGGGAGUCUGCAGGCCACACGGGCCACAGCGGGCUCAACACCACUGGCUCGGGGCACCAGCGUGGGGCCUGCUAGCUGGACAGUCAUCUUCUGUUCUCGCUACAUCCCCCACUGUACCCAUUUAUUUAACCUAACAGCAUCCUCCUCCACCUGGACCAGCUGGACAGAUGUUGGAUACAGACUUCUUGGCUGGGGUGCUGCUGGGGGCAUGGGGUCAGCAUCUGGUCCCCCACUCCUAAGCAGCUGAGUUGCAGGGCUGGUUUCCAUCUCUCACCUUUUUCCACAGCCAAGCUCUGAGCACAUGUAGCUGCUGAGACUUGUUCUCACCAUGGGGUGUGAGGGGAUGGAGGAAGCCCCCUGUGCCAGGAGCUUCCCCCAGCCUCCUGCAGCCCCAGCCUCUCAGGUUAGACCCAGGCCCUAGAGUCCAGACCUUCACCUGCCUACUCCUCCCCCAAAGCUUCCAGGUCUGUCUGCUGGUGGUCAGAAGCUGCCUCUGGCACAAGAAGGAAAUAAAACCCGCCACUUUUGCAUGAGUCUUUCUUCCUCUUCACCUUUGCUGCCCUCUUGACCUGCAGCAUCAUUCCCCUCUUGAAUCCCGUGCCAUCUUGUGGGACAUGGGGACACAUCCUUGGGGCCACCUU